UCCAGUUUUUGGAUGCUUGGUCAAAUGGGUUCAUCGGUUUGACUCAAAACCCAGCCCAAAUCUUGUUAGAUCGCAGCCAUGGUCAACAGUCAAGAUUUCAAGAAUUCAAUCCCCCUUUCUUCUAUCUCCACUCCAGAACGUGGCACCAAGAUGAGCAAGCUAACCUCAUCAAGCUCCGAGCUAGACCUAGAUCGCCCCAACAUCGAAGACUACCUCCCCUCCGAUUCCAUUCCACAACCUCACGCCAAGCUUCGUUUGCGCGAUUUGCUGGACAUCUCCCCGACGUUAACGGAGGCGGCUGGUGCCAUUGUCGAUGAUUCUUUCACACGAUGCUUCAAAUCAAAUCCUCCAGAGCCUUGGAACUGGAAUAUAUAUUUAUUCCCUUUGUGGUGUUUGGGAGUUGUAGUUAGAUAUGGGAUUCUUUUCCCUGGAAGGGUUCUUGUUCUGACAUUAGGAUGGAUAAUCUUCCUAUCAUGUUAUAUUCCUGUGCAUUUGCUAUUAAAAGGGCAUGAUAAGUUAAGAAAAAGGCUAGAGAGGGCUCUGGUGGAGUUAAUUUGCAGCUUCUUUGUUGCAUCAUGGACAGGGGUAGUGAAGUAUCAUGGCCCUAGACCAUGUGCAAGGCCUAAACAGGUGUUUGUAGCUAAUCAUACAUCAAUGAUUGAUUUCAUUGUUUUAGAACAAAUGACUGCUUUUGCUGUUAUCAUGCAAAAACACCCCGGAUGGGUUGGACUUCUACAAAGCACUAUUUUGGAUAGUUUGGGGUGUAUAUGGUUUAAUCGUUCCGAAGCAAAGGAUCGUGAAAUUGUAGCAAGAAAGUUAAGGGAGCAUGUUGAAGGAGCUGACAACAAUCCUCUUCUUAUCUUCCCUGAAGGAACUUGUGUAAAUAAUCAGUUCACUGUUAUGUUCAAAAAGGGUGCAUUUGAACUUGGGUCCACUGUUUGCCCAAUUGCAAUCAAGUACAACAAAAUCUUCGUUGAUGCUUUCUGGAAUAGCAAAAAACAAUCUUUCACAACUCAUUUAUUACAGUUGAUGACAUCAUGGGCUGUGGUUUGUGAUGUUUGGUACCUUGAGCCUCAAAAUAUGAAGCCUGGAGAAACACCUAUUGAGUUUGCAGAGAGGGUGAGGGACAUCAUAUCUGUUCGGGCAGGUCUUAAGAAGGUUCCUUGGGAUGGAUACUUGAAAUACUCUCGCCCCAGCCCAAAACAUAGGGAACGCAAACAGCAAAGUUUUGCAGAGUCGGUGCUGCAUCGGUUGGAAGAGAAAUGAGGAUUGUAGAUUUUCAAGCAUUGCUGGGAAGAUAGAUAAUUAUUAAAUCAUGAGCAAAUAAGAUUAUGCCUUUUUGUUGAAUGUGUCUUUGUGUGUGUGUGUGUGUGUGUGUUCGUUCACUUAAAUUUAUGAACAGGCGAUACUUUAUACUGACCUUAAUUUGUUUAGCAAGAGAGCUGUUUUGUAAUGGUUUAAGUGUUUUGUAGAAUUUUAUUUGUUUCGUAUCUAGGUCAAAAGAUUCGUGAUGUAAAUAAUGAUAAAUAAAUAAAUAAAAACUGUUUUUUACCCCAUAA